AUGCCCCAUUCAACAUGUGUUGAAAGCUGCCAUCCUGGGCUCAGCAAGAAACUUCGAGAGGGAAAACCAGUUUGUUGCUACGAAUGUACUCCAUGCCCAGAAGACAUGAUUUCUAACCAUGUAGAUGCAGUUCGUUGUAUCAAGUGCCCAGAAGAACAAUAUUCAAACAAGAACAAAGACGAUUGCAUCCCUAAACUUCAAAUAUUCCUGACCUAUGAAGAGCCAUUAGGGAUUGCUUUGGUUACACUGUCUUCCUCCUUAGCUUUGGUAACAGGUUGGGUGAUACAAACAUUUCUAAAAAACUGGAAUUCACCCAUUGUCAAAGCCAACAACCAGAACCUCACUUGUAUUCUUCUCAUCUCAAUCCUGCUCUGCUAUCUUUCUUCCUUGCUGUUCAUUAGCAAGCCCAGACGGGUGACUUGCCUUCUCCGGCAAACGACUUUUGGAAUCAUUUUCUCUAUUUCUGUUUCUUGUGUGUUGGCAAAAACAAUCACUGUGGUCUUGGCCUUCAUGGCCACAAAGCCUGGAAAUAGAGCACAAAAAUGGCUGGGCAAAAACGUGACAAACUCCAUUGUUCUUUUUGGCUCUCUUAUUCAAGUUAUGGUUUGUAUUGUGUGGCUCGUUACAUCUCCUCCAUUCCCUGAUUUUGACAUGCACUCAGAGAUUGGUCACAUCAUAGCAGGCUGUAAUGAAGGUUCCCUCUUCAUGUUCUACUGUGUGCUGGGCUACAUGGGCUUUCUAGCCAUAGUUAGCUUCACUGUGGCUUUCCUAGCCAGAAAAUUGCCUGACACUUUCAAUGAAGCCAAAUUCAUCACUUUCAGCAUGCUGGUUUUUUGCUGUGUUUGGAUCUCUUUUGUUCCAGCUUAUCUAAGCACUAAGGGGAAAAAUGUUGUGGCUGUGGAAGUUUUUGCCAUUUUGGCCUCCAACACUGGGAUACUGGCUUGCAUUUUCCUUCCUAAAUGUUACAUCAUUGUCCUAAGACCUGAUCUGAACUGUAGGAAGUUAUUUAUUGAAAAAAGGCAUUACUAA